GGACCAACCCUGCAGUUCUUGCGUUAUAUAUACGUCCUCAUAAUUAAGCAUGAUAAUUCACCGCUUAAGUUAGCUCAACUUCAACAGUUUUUUGGGUGUUCAUAAUGAUCUGUCAGGCGAUUCAGAAAGGUUUAGGACUAUCGAAGCCAAAGCAACCAGAGAGUCAUGAUUUCAAACAUUCAGGACUGCCGCUUUUAACUACGGUGGAUUGGGAAAGUGAACAUUACCGAAGAUCUAUAUAGCUAGCUUGGUUAAGGGUGUCUAUGUAAUGGAGGAUGACCGUCAAAAUAAACGGCGAGGGUGUAAAGCUCUCGGACCACCGUGGUGGGAAUUCUUUGAUUUUCAGUUUCUGGAUACGCUCAUAGAUGAGGUUGAUUGGUCCAUCUUCGGGGCUGUAUAUGAAUUCAAACCCAACUCCAACAACGACGACUAUCCCAAAGGAGCUCCAAGAUAUGUGAUUGCUUUUAGAGGAACUAUGUUGAAUGAAGAUACUGCGGUACGGGAUAUAUUGAUAGACAUAAAUGUUUUCUUAAAUAGUCUUCACCAUAGGUCUCGUUUUGGUAAGGCAAUGGAAGCUGUUGAAAACAUGGUAUCUGUCCAAGGAUCUAGUAAUAUCUGGUUAGCAGGGCAUUCUUUGGGCUCUGCCAUAGCAAUGCUUCUUGGGAAAAAAAUGGCAAAGACGGGUAAUUUCCUUGUAUCGUAUCUCUUUAAUCCACCAUUUGUUGCAUUUCUAUUCGAAAAUAUAGGAAGUAGGACAGUCAAACGUGGGAUCGAUACUGCUAGCCGCUUGCUCAGCCAUGCUAUGAAAAAUAACCAAGAGAAGCAACCACCAGAACAUCUGUUCAAAGACUUAUCACAAUGGGUUCCCAAUCUGUUUCUACAUCCAGCUGACAUUAUUUGCUCAGGUUUCAUUAAGUAUUUUGAACUCCAAGAAAAGAUGCAAAGCUCCGGAUGUAUUGAGAGGUUGGCGACACCAAAUUCAUUGAAGGGGUUACUAGUGAAUGCUUUCCAAAAAGAAUUUUACUCGGAAGAUUUACACUUAAUUCCUUCAGCUCGUGUCAUUACUAGUUGCAGUCCACAUGCUCACUGGCUUUGUCAAUGGUUUACUGAUGAUUCAGUUUCAGACACUAAGGUGUAUUGCUAGGC